AUGUUGAUUGGAAUGAGCAGUUCAAAACAUUGUUGCACGCAUCAUUCUGGCCGAAAAAUCCGAAGUGUAGUCCCACUUGACUGUCAACUUGGCCAGUGGGCACAAUGGACAGUGUGUUCUCCUUGUGAAGCAAGAAAGUCCAGAUAUAGGAAUCUGAAUCGGCCAGCCAUAUAUGGUGGUAGCCAAUGCAUUGGAUCUCUGUGGGAAGACGCUUCUUGUGAAACAUCUGAACAAUGCAUACCAAAAAUUAACUGUGGUGAUCAGUUUCAAUGCAGUUCAGGUCGAUGUAUUAAAAGACAUUUACUGUGCAAUGGUGAGAAAGACUGUGCAGAUGUUACAGAUGAAGAAACCUGUGAGUCUGAUUAUCCAAAUGAGAGAAGGACUUUCUGCAGUAACUUGUUUUUAAUCCCAGGCAUAGAAGCAAUUAUGACUGGCUAUAACAUCUUAAUAAAUGAAGUUGGAAGAACUGUGUUAGACACUGGGUUUGGUGGAUAUUGUGAAUAUGUGUAUAAUGGGGACUGGAGGGAACUGCGAUAUGACAGUGAGUGUGAACGUCUCUACUAUAACGAUGAUGAGAAAUACUUCCGAAAACCAUACAAUUUACUCACAUACCGUUUUGAGGCAAUUGCUGAUUCUGGAUUUACCGUAGAUGUUCACAAUGAUGUACAUGAAUUAAUUAAAACAAUGAAGAGUAUAGACUCUUUUGAUUUUGGAGUUGGUGUGCAAAUUUCUGUUGUAAAAGCUGCUAUUGCUUUUGGAGAAUAUUCCACAUUUAUUAGAAAUGUAACAAGGUUUCAAGGGAAGGAUGUUAGUUUUGUUCGUGUUCGUACUAAGGUUCAAACUGCUCACUUCAAAAUGAGGAGAUAUAAUUUACUUUUGGAUGAAGAUAUGACUCAAUCCCUCAUGAAACUUCCAGAUGAAUACAAUUAUGGAAUGUACGCUAAAUUCAUUGCAGAUUAUGGUACUCAUUACUACGCUUCAGGAACGAUGGGAGGUGUUUAUGAAUUCAUUCUUGUUCUGAAUAAGAAGGCAUUGGCAGAGUCAGAUUUGACUGCAUCCGAAGCUGGAUCUUGCAUUGCAGGAUCAUUGGGAGUAGUGGUUUCAAAACGAUCUGUGGAUGUGGGUGGCUUGAUAAAGGCCGAAGGUUGUAGACGUAAAUUGGAGCAGAAAGAAUCUUCAGAAAAGUCAAGUAGCCUUGUUGAAGAUGUUCUUCCACAUGUACUAGGAGGUGACCUGAAAUCAAAUGCUGGACUAUUAGGUCAUGGAAUACCAGAUGUCAAAAUGUAUCGGCAUUGGGGUAAAUCUUUGAAAUACCUGCCAGCUGUCAUUGACUUUGAGCUCAUGCCAAUUUAUGACUUGGUGGCCAGAAGUAAACUUCAGUCUGUUGAAAUCAAACAACAAAAUUUAAAAAGAGCCAUGGAAGAGUACUUGGUGGAGUUUCAUCCCUGUAGGUGUCCUGUGUGCUAUAAUAAUGGAAAAGCGGUUCUUCUGGACAAUGUCUGUACCUGUGAAUGUCUGCCUGGUUAUGAAGGGAAAGCGUGCCAGGAUACUAAACGAAAGGGGCCCACUAAUGGAAAUUGGAGCUGUUGGUCAGGGUGGUCUUCUUGCCAGAAUGGUUCAAAACAGCGAACACGAAGCUGUAAUCAUCCACCUCCUAAAGAUGGCGGUGCUACAUGCCUUGGGAAGAACACACAAACCAAGUAUUGUUAAAACAAAAUAAUACCUCUGGCAUUUUGGCCCUUUGAA